GCAACUAAUUGUAGCUGAGCUCCAUUUUUUUUUUAAAAAAGUCUAAGCUCCAGUUUGUGACGAGGAGCUACAGCCAGUAGUGGCUGCAUGCUCAUGGCGAUGGAGGAGAACUUGUCGUGGUGGCCGCUGCCGGCAUGGAUGAGCCCCGGCGCGGCGCUGUUCCUGUUCUGCAACGUGCUCGUCGGCGCCAUCGUGGUCACCUCCCGCGGGGGGCAGGGCGCGUCCACAACGCGGAGGCUCUGCCGCAGCGCGUCGUCCAUGGUCCUCGGCCGGCUCCGGUCCUUCACCAUGUUCUCCGUCCUCUUCGAAGAGGGCUACCACCCGUCCCUGGAACUGGAAGCCGAGGAGGAGCAGCAUCAACCGGCCGUCGCGGAACCAGCGAGCGCGGCCGCCGCCACAGCAUCGACGGCGUCCGAGAGCGCCGCCGCUGAGGAAGUGGCUGGAGGCAACGGGAAGGACAACAUGCCCGUCUGCUCGGAAGAGGCUCAUGAGCCGGCACGGCAAUCGUCACCGCCAUCAGCUGCUGUCUCCACGGCCGCCGCCGAGGCAACAGCGGCAGCGGAGCGGCCGGCGGCGACGGUGGCGGAGUCGAUCAUGCAGCGCGCGCGAGCGUGCCGGCGGGAAGUAGUGGAGGAAGCACUGGAGGGGAAAGCGGCGCUGAACGCGCGGGCGGAGCUGUUCAUCCGGCAGUUCCGGGAGGACCUCAAGCUGCAGCGCCUCAACUCCAUUGUCAACUACACCCGCGCGCUCCGCCGCGGCGUCGGCCAGUAGAUGUGCUUGAACGGCCUUUCCUUUUCUAGCAACCUGAUACAGGGUUUAUCCCUUUUUGGCAGAAAAAUUGCUACCUGCUUCAUUUUAAUAAUGUUCUGCGUUCCAGAGCAGGAUAAUGACAAAU